CUUUUGCUUUGCAAGUGCGCGAUCACAACACAAUGGCUGAUUUAGAUGAUUUCUUUGCCAAGAAGGACAAGAAAAAGUCCAAGGCCAAGCCUAAAUUUUUAACUGCAGAGGAGCUUGUAAAAAACUUGGAAAAAGAAGCUGCAGCAGUAGCAGCACUUACAAAACUGAAGAAGGUGGAAUCAACCAUCCCUACGCCAGCCGCUGUGCCCGGAGCUACAGAAGAAAGCGUUGAGGUAGUGGAGCAGCCUGCCGAAGAAGAAUGGGACGAUUUCGAACAAGAGCAACGUAAAGAUUACACUGGCCUGAAAAUUGGUCAACUAAACUUAAAUGAUGAAGAAGAUGAGAGUACAGCAGACGGUGAAGAAGAUGAGGUGGAUAGCGAUGGAAUGGUUACUGUUGAAACUACUACCUCAAAACGCAGUGGGGGCGGUCCAUGGAGAAAAGUUAUACCUGCUGAGGAAGUAACUCAAAUACCAAUGGAAAUGGAUAAACCCUCAUCCAAACUGUACAUUUCACCUGCAUUACGAGCAGCUCAAGCGGGAGCAGCGCCGGGACCACGAUUAAAGCCGCGUAAUCGGGCAGCGCCUGACAUAACUAAUGCAGAGUUCUUCCCCUCUUUGAGUGCCGCAAGGCCCGAAGAACAGCGUAAGAAAAAGAAUGAACCAGCUUUUGAAGAGGUUAGACACGGAGGCAGGGUGCAGCAUAUCCAUGAACAAGCUUCAGCGCCUGUUUCCAAGGCGAAUCGAUUCCAGUCGCUGGACGAGGACGACAGCUAGAAAGCAGAAUGAGCAAUUGUAACUUCUAUUUGAAUUAAUUUUUUUUUUGCUAUUUUGUCUUGAAAAGAAUUUGAGGAUUCUGAAAUCUAUAUGUAUUGUAUGUAACGUAUGCUUUGUAUCUCUAACUAUUUUUUUUAACUUCCCAGAGCAUUUUAUUUUCGCAAUUUUUAUACUUUGUAAACUGGAGUGCUGAAAUGUGGUACCUGAGCGGCCGCCACUUUUCAUAAUUGUCCGAGACCUGCCGCUUCACAAUAGAAAUUAUGAUAUUCAAUUAGUGGUAGGGACAUUAACUUCCAACAACCAAACAGCUCUCACAAACCAUAAUGUUAAGUGAGAAAUCUAUAAAAACAAAUAAAAAUACAUUGAAGUCAACUGCUAUUAU